AUGUUCCCAUUCAAUUCACAGGUAACAGAGUCGGGGAGAGAGGUGAAGGGCGGUGCCAGCUUCGGUGGUGGUGAUAUUGAUGGAGAACAUGGACUUCAUUAUGGUGCUGACCUCCGUGAUGGCGGUGGUGUCUGGACCUGUGAAAUCAGGACAGAAAUCCUCCAUGAAAUCUCAGCUCCGUUAACCAGGUACUCUUUCAGCAUUUUCUCUCAACGCUCCUCGCUAUCGUCUCUCAAGUCGUCCCUCCGCCAAGCCCUCUCUGAGCUCUUCGAUCCCCACUGCGUGAUCACUGCACAGACUCUCCAGCUCAAUAAUUUACACUCUACCUCUGUCCUUAUUCAGUCUACCAUUCGUAUUCUUCGACUGGUUUAG